AUGAGACCCACAGUCGAAGCACAGCACCAACUGCAAGCUCAAAUGAAAACCACUGAGCUUAAAUUGGCCGAUUUGAUUCAAGCCGACCAACUGCAGGCCUCGGCCGCAAACGGCCUUGACGCACUGCGCUCCGCCCUGACGGCUCAGCUUACUGGUGCCGUGAUACCACCGCCAUCUGCGGGAGUGCAGCAUAUCACCAUUGGUCUGCCCUCUACCUCACCCCAAACCACUGCUUCGAUUGACAUACCUAAGAUGGACGCGGAGGCAGCGAAGCAUCUGACCAACACGUCUCACCUCGUCAACAUCUCCCAACUCCAAGCCCUCAUAUCGGCGUUAACGGGAGUCAAGGCCUCCCAAGUGCCUAAAGACUCCCUGAAUGAGGUCAUCUCCUCCCAAAUGCUGUUGCAGUCCUCGCCCUCCCUUGUAACUAGCAAUGCUUCGGCGCCGACUACAACACCCCUUGUGGCAGCGGCAGUGGAUGGGCUUAGCUCGGGUGCAAUUAGCUUCUCCAACGCAGGGCUGGCGCUGGCGUCCGCGCUGGCACCGCCUAGCACCACCAACUCCCUGAAGGGAAUUACUCUGCCAACUGGAGAAUUUAUUCCAGUGGCAAGCCUAAUUCCAGGCCAACCAGCCGGUCUGGGCUCCUUUGCCCUGACAAGUGGAGGUCCACCCAGCAGUUUAGCUAGCUUCGUGACAAGCCUGGGUGGUACACCGGUGACACCAGCAACUCCUGCCAUCGCCUCCUCACAGCACCUAGCAUCACGACCCCCACCACCACCGCCUCCACCACAAUUGUCCUUUGAUGCUGCUCUCUUUGCGACUGCUGCCGCAGCUGGUAGUCCUCUUAACAUCGUGGCUCAGGCACCACCAACACCAGCAACACCGCAAUUGCGAACUCAAGGAUUCAGUCAGACCCAAUCGAUAAACAACGGCACUAUGACGCCAGUCACCGUGGUCCCAGCUCUUCCCAGAAGCGACACGACCUCGCCCCAUGUGGCCGUGCAGUCCCUCCGCGAGACCGCCAGCUGUACAAGUCUGGAGGAACUCUCCAGUGCCUGUGGCGCUGGUGGCGGUGGUAGUGGCAGUGGCGGUGGUGGAGCGGGCACGGACACGGACACCUCGGUGGUGGCAGCCGAGGAGGCUGGGACAGAGGGUCUACUCAAUACCCAUCUCGAGGUGACGACCGAGGACAGUGGUUCACCAAUGAGCAGCGCCGGUGCACGCAAAUCGACCUCCGCCUCUGGAAAAGCGAGUCGCCGCACAAGCAGUGGACUGGGUACUCGGCCGCAUCGGCAGAACUUCACUGCAUUACAAAACCGCAUUCUCACCGACUGGUACAACUCGCACCAUUACAAGCCCUACCCCUCCACCGAGGAUACGAAAAUGCUCGCGCAGAAGUCCGAACUCACCUACUCCCAGGUGAAAAAGUGGUUUGCGAACAAGCGAGCUCGAACUUCGAAUAAUGGACUGCCGAAACCACUGCCUCCAACAGCCCCAGAUACUCCGUCAACGGCAUCUGCGGACACUUCGGCAUUCGUGGCUGCCGCGGUGGCAGCUGCUGCGGCUGCCAACCAGUCAAGCCUGCUGCCCAACGGGAGCGCUGGAGUGAUGAUGCAGCCACAGCAGGCCCAACAGGCACAGACGACAGCGGGGACGAAGACGGGCAGUAUUCUCGUGCCGUCAGGCCUCAUGAUUCGACCUAACGGAGCCACGCUGGCGGCAGCAGCUCUGAGUGCCGGAGGACUCACCAUCCUUGCACCGCGACCACCACUCUCCUCUUCUCAACCGGCAGUAGUCACGCCCUCUACCACAUCUGUCACUACAACCGCCAUCACCUCUCCCAAAGCGACCCCCUCCGUGGCGACAGAAGGAACUGGAAUUGAGGUUCCCUCAGUCUCUCCAUCCCCAAAUGCUACGGUGGUUGAGGAAACGCAGCAACCGUCCACAUACCCCAUCUGUUCACCAUCUCCAGCUCAUCUCAAAAAGGAAAAUAUGGAGGACAAAGUGGUAAAAGAGGAAAAGGAUGAUGAAGAUGAGGGCAAAGCCAAGGAGGCCAUUUAG